CGGGCGCGAUCCCCGCGGGCGCCCUUGGGAGGGAGCGGCCAUGAGCGGGAGCGGCGCGCACCGGGCCCUGGAGCUGCUGCGCUCGCUGCCCAGGGUCAGCCUGGCCAACUUAAGGCCUAACCCCGGCUCCAAAAAGCGGGAAAGGAGACGUGGCCGUGGAAGGUACGGAGGUAGGAAGUGUGGCCGGGGUCACAAGGGAGAAAGACAAAGAGGGAAUCGCCCCCGACUGGGCUUUGAGGGUGGCCAAACUCCAUUUUACUUGGCCAUUCCAAAAUACGGAUUUAACGAGGGACAUAGCCUCAGACGUCAGUACCAACCUCUGAGUCUUCAGAGGCUGCAGUACCUGAUUGAUUUGGGCAGAGUUGACCCCACGCAGCCGAUUGAUUUAACUCAGCUCACUAAUGCCAGAGGUGUGACAGUGCAGCCUCUCAAGAGGGAUUAUGGUAUCCAGCUGGUGGAGGAGGGUGCUGAUAUUUUUGCAGCAAAAGUAAAUAUUGAAGUGCAGAGGGCAUCUGAAUUAGCAAUUGCAGCCAUAGAAAAGAAUGGAGGUGUAGUAACAACAUCGUUCUAUGACCCAAGGAGCUUGGAAAUUUUAUGCAAGCCAGUGGUAUUUUUCCUGCGUGGCAAACCUAUCCCAAAGCGAAUGCUCCCACCUGAAGAUCUCGUCCGUUACUACACAGAUCCCAGGAAUCGGGGCUACCUGGCAGAUCCAUCUAAGGUUGCAGAAGCCAGGCUGGAACUUGCCAAGAAAUAUGGCUAUGUCUUACCAGACAUAACUAAGGAUGAACUCUUUAAGAUGUUAAGUGCACGCAAGGAUCCUAGACAGAUAUUUUUUGGUCUUGCUCCAGGGUGGAUCGUAAACCUGGCAGACAAGAAAAUUCUAAAACCAACUGAUGAGAGUCUGUUGAAGUACUACAGCUCAUGAAUUCGGGACUGGCCACAAUUGCAGGUGCACAGGAAACAUCUGGACAAUAAAAUGAAGCUGAUGAAUUUUUGUUGGUGUUGGUCAACCAGCCCAGAUUUUUCCUUCACUCAACAACCUACCUUAUCAAUUAAUAUGAUCGUCUGUAAUCACAGCACAAAAUAAAAUAAGUCUUCUCAUUCUGAUUAAAUAGUCUGAAAUCAAGAGAUUAAGAAUAGAAAGUCACUUAAUUUUGAUAACUUACUCUUCAAUUUCUAUUGUUCCUUGUUAAUGUGUGUCAAAUGCUAUCUGUAAUGGUCAUUCCCCUGACUUUGGGUUUAAGUAUAGGUGAAACGUAGCAAAACAACAGCAAUAUAAAAGUGGACUAUGAAUAGCAGGAAUUUUGUUUUAGUGGCAUUAGCAUUCAUUUUAUAAGCUGCCCAACACUUUUUUGGCACGUUAAGAAUAAUACUGUGUGCCAAAAAAAGUACAGUUGGUGUUAACUUGAAUGUGAAGUAAAUAACUUUCUCACUUUAGAUGUAUCCUGUUCUGCAUCCUGAUGAUUGUUGGUUUGGAACCUUAAAUGACAAGCAGUACUUUUUUCUUUUUUUUUUUUUUUUUCAAGUUUUUGUUAUUACAAUAACAAUAUUACUAUUGCCUCCAUUUGGGAAGGAGUUGGAGAGGGGGAAGAGUAUUUAUUGCCUUCCCUUAUUUGUGCCAUAAUGUUUCUGUUUUUAUGAAUCAAUUCACAAUUGUAUUUUGUGGAGGUGGUGGUACUCAACAGGAAAGCUAGUUAACUGGAAGUGAAGAAGGAAGUUAGUCAUAUUAGUGAAGACCAAAAGACAAAAGUGUUUAUGUAUCAUUGUGUAUUUUGGGGAGGAGAAGACGGGGGAAAGGCAAGUUUGUUUCCAUUUCUGCUCUUUGUAUUAAAAUGAACAAAUUGCUCUCA